GUUUCCCCUGUGAGUGUGAUGUGAGUCGAUCUCAGAGCAGCAGUUAGCGCUGAUGCAACACACUGACAGCUCCUCUCAGCCGGCUCCACUGUCUCACAGCUCUGUGUAACAAGACAGCUUUACAGAAGGCUCUGCGUCAUGGCAGAUCAGCUGAGUCCGGAUGAGAAGUUCCACCUCAUCACCAGGAACCUUCAGGAGGUCCUGGGAGAGGAGAAGGUGAAGCAGGUUCUUCAGGAGCGAGAGCUGAAGGUGUACUGGGGCACAGCGACCACUGGCAAACCUCACGUAGCGUACUUUGUCCCCAUGUCCAAGAUCGCAGACUUCCUGAAGGCAGGAUGUGAGGUCACGAUUCUCUUCGCAGACUUACACGCCUACCUAGACAACAUGAAGGCUCCCUGGGAGCUGCUGGAGCUCAGGGUGAAGUACUACGAGCAGGUCAUCAAGGCCAUGUUAGAGAGCAUCGGCGUGCCGCUGGAUAAACUCAAGUUUAUCAAGGGGACGGACUACCAGCUCAGCAGAGAGUACACUCUGGACGUGUACCGUCUGUCCUCCAUGGUGACGGAGCAUGAUGCUAAGAAGGCUGGAGCUGAGGUCGUCAAACAGGUGGAGCAUCCCCUGCUGAGCGGUCUGCUCUACCCUGGACUGCAGGCUCUGGAUGAAGAGUACCUGAAGGUGGACGCUCAGUUCGGAGGAGUGGACCAGAGGAAGAUUUUCACUCUGGCAGAGAAGUACCUGCCGUCUCUGGGCUACGCCAAACGCUCCCACCUGAUGAACCCGAUGGUCCCCGGACUGACUGGAACCAAGAUGAGCUCCUCAGAGGAAGAGUCAAAGAUCGAUCUGCUGGACUCUGCUGCAGACGUGAAGAAGAAGCUGAAGAAGGCCUUCUGUGAGCCGGGAAACAUCCAGAACAAUGGCGUCCUCUCCUUUGUCAAACACGUCCUCUUUCCUCUGCGCGGAGAGUUCUGCAUCAAAAGAGACCCGAAGUUUGGUGGAGACAAAAUCUACAGUGUGUUUGAAGAGGUGGAGAAAGACUUCGCUGAGGAGCUGAUCCAUCCAGGAGACCUGAAGGCCUCGGUGGAAGUCGUGCUGAACCAACUGCUGGAGCCAAUCAGAAAGAAGUUUGAGACGCCAGAGCUCCGCAAACUUACAAACAGCGCCUACCCCGACCCCUCAAAGACGAAAGGAGCAGGAAAAGGUGCCAAGGCAGGUGGAGGAGGAGGAGGAGGAGGAGGAGGUGAGGAUGAUGAGCUGGUCCCGUCCAGAGUGGACAUCAGGGUGGGAAAGAUCAUCAGUGUGGAGAAGCAUCCAGAUGCCGACUCACUGUACCUGGAGAAGAUUGACGUGGGGGAGGCGGAGCCAAGGACCGUGGUCAGCGGUCUGGUGGCUUACGUGUCCCAGGAGGAGCUCCAGGACCGGAUGGUGCUGGUGCUGUGCAACCUGAAACCCCAGAAGAUGCGAGGGAUUGAGUCGCAGGCCAUGCUGCUGUGUGCCUCCAUUGAAGGGGAGCCCAGGAGGGUGGAGCCUCUGGACCCCCCUGAGGGGUCGUCGCCUGGAGAACGGGUCUUUGUGGAGGGAUAUGAGACGGGCAAACCAGACGACAGACUCAACCCAAAGAAGAAGGUGUGGGAGAAAGUUCAGGCCGACCUGAAGAUCUCAGACGAGUGUGUAGCUCAGUGGAAAGACAAGCAGCUGAUGACUAAACUGGGACAGAUCACAUGUAAGACUCUCAAAGGAGGAAACAUCAGUUAGAAACACUCGCCGCCGCUGGCCACAUCACAACGAGAGUACUUUCAUCAACAAAUCACCAUGGCAACAACGGUCAAACUUCAUCUGGAUGUUUUCACAGAGAGUGAUGGGACGUCGACGCUGAAAGCCUCAGAUUCUUGGAGCGGCUGUAACAAAUUCUCCCACCUUGCUUUGACAUUAUUAGGAAACUAUCUGUAAUUCUGAAACUUUAAUCAAUCUGUGAUUCAUCAUUGUGUUUUAUUUUAUACCUGGGGUUGUAUGUCGUUUGUGACACACUUAAACACAGAGAGACAAACUGCUACUCAGAUAACGAACUUGAUUGAAUGUUGCAGAACUGUUUGUUUGUUCCUGGACGCAGCUGAUGAGGAAUCUCAGGUGUUUAAAAAGGGACUGUGUUGAAAUGCCUUCAUACUAAAUGUUACAGCAGCGGUCAGUCUGUCACCUUAUUAACACAGAACUGUUUUAUGUGUUCAGAUAUAACAUAUGAAAAUAAUCAAUAUGCCAUGUAAUGUAAGACACAGGACGGUUGAAUUGGGGGUACAGGAAUCUAUAUCUAAUAAUAACGGUCAUAUAAUAAAAUCAUGCAUCAUCUUGAACAUGAAAUAAACGCUGGCUGAAUUC